UCAGUCGCUAUACACUUUGGUUAGUCUUUGGUGAGGCGUUAACCAAGUUCUAUCAAACGAGUUCUUUUUGAUCCCCCAACCGGUGAAUUUUCAUUGAAACGCAAUGGCUCCGCUGAAGUUGUACCAUUUCCCCAUCAGUGCUCCCUCUCGUGGGGCCCUUCUGGCCAUCCGGAAUCUCAAACUCGAUGUUGAGAUCGUCGAGAUCGACUUAAUGAACAAGGCUCAAAUGUCAGCAGAGUUCGUGAAGAUCAAUCCUCAACACACUGUUCCGACUCUCGACGACAAUGGCUUCGUUUUGUGGGAAUCUCGCGCCAUUUCCACUUACCUGGUGAACUCCAAAGCGCCAGGAAAUUCUCUGUAUCCUAAUGACCCGAAAAUCCGAGCAAUUGUUGAUUCUCGCUUGUACUUUGACGCCUCCAAUCUCUAUCCAAAAGCUCGGAAUAUAUUUUUCCCCAUUAUAUUUCUUGACGUGAAAGAGGUGAAUGAAGAACACAGGAAGGAUCUCUACCAAUCCCUUGAGUUCAUGAACACCUUCCUGAAUGGACAGAAUUGGUUUGCUGGAGACAAGCCGACUCUGGCCGAUCUAGGGCUUUUAGCUACAUACUCGACGUUUGUUCACGCCGGAGCGAACGUGAGCAAGUACACCAACUUGGCUGCCUGGUAUAAAAGAUGUGAAUCUCUGACUGGGUUCGAGGAGAACGAGGCUGGGGCCAAAGGUUUCGGCGAAGUCAUCAAGUCGAAGCUCGGCAUAACAGGCACAUGGGAUUGAGUGCGUGCUGAAUAAAGAUCGAUUUGUCGAUGAA